AUGGUCCAACUACAUAACUUUUUCUUUUUCAUUACUUCCAUGGUCGUGCCUCGUGGCACGGCAGCACCCGUACUAUUGAAAUGGUUCGUCAGUAGAGAUGUUUCCACAGGUGCCCCUUCUUCUAAUGGUACUAUAAUUCCUAUUCUUAUCCCUUCAGUCUCUCUUUUGGUCUAUCUACAUUCCAGGAAAUUCAUACGCUCCACGGACGGAGCAAAAAGCGGAGUCUUCAUUAUAGCGAGCCAACCUAUUCUAUUACCAGACAUCCUUGGGAGAAGCUCAUCCGAAACUAGAGCUAGAAAGGCCUUAUUUCGUUUCGUUCCUGUUCUUCAUUUCCUUCUUAUCGAAAAAAAGGGGGAUUUCUCAUAUUUAGAAUCUUUCUGCGGUGUGCUCCGUUUACUAUUCUUUCGUACUUUUUUCUCUUUACCACGCGAUAGGUCAGCGAAGCGUGAGCGGGCGCGGAGAAGGAAAGGCCAAAGACUUCGGCCUAACGGGAAUGAGCAAGGACGAAAUGACAAGAUGAGGUGCCCUGGCCACCUCCAUUUAGAAAGAAGGGUCGAAGUUUUUGGGCCUGUAGCUUUACCCGUCCCCCCUUCGUCGGGUGCUGCUUGUGUGGGGAGUGCGCCACCAGAAAUCGGGCUUGAAGCUCUCACCUUACCAACGAGCCGACAGCUGAUGGCUGUUGGUCACGACUACUACAAAAAAGCUCCAAUGAAGAUGAAUAUUUCACAUGGAGGAGUGUGCAUCUUUAUAUUGGGUGUUCUUCUGUCGUGCGACCCGGCGGCUUAUGUGCGACCUGUGGCCCACGCCUCCUAUUUGUUCAGGGCGGGCGGCGUGAACUCUGAUUCGAUCCGGGUAUUCAAUCCCGCCGCUGAGAUGCUCAGUUGA